UCGGUAGGUCCGGUAGUUGAGCAUCCCUCAUUUCGCUAGCUUUAGACGCCUGGCUGAUAACCUAUGUGGAAAAAAAAAAACGAACAAUAAAGGAAAGACUUUAUUUCUGAUAAGCAGAAAGCAGACGACAUGUAGUGUGCUGUGUACAAAUAAUCCUUGCAGCAUUGGUGGAUAAAAACGUGACUUAGAAGGCUCAAGACAUUGUGUGUAAGUGGUAUUUCACGAGUGACAGUCAUUGUAACUUUUACUUCAUCACUGCACCUGUUUUUCUACGUAUUGACUCAGAACCUUCUUGUCACUGCUGUAAUCAGUAGGUACGGGAUGGCUAAAGAAGGUAGAAGCAUUAUUGGAAUGAUAUUCAAGAAUUUCAUCCAGUCCCUAAAGCCACGACAGAUAAGAGGAACUGCAGUAGGAACAGAUUACUUAGGAAAUAAAUAUUUCGAGAUACCGGCCAAUCCAAGCGUUGGCAAGAGAAAAGCUUCACGCUGGUUUGAACCAGCUGUGAAAGAUAACUUUGAGCAAGAAAUUCCAGCAGAAUGGGAAGCAUGGCUCCGAGGACGAAGAACAGCACCACCGAUGGAAGAGGAAAUUAUGCGCAGUGUUGCCCUUAUGGAACUGAAAAAGAAAAAUGCUGCAGAACUUGCAAGAAAAGAAGGAAAGAAAGAUCCUGGAGUUUUAGAUAAAGAGGUUAAAGGAAUGGAAUCAUUUCCAAAGUAUGAUGAAUAUGAAGUAAUGCCAGGUAAAAGUAAGGAAGCAGUUAAAUAACACACAUUGAGGCAAUUUGUUGUUUAUAUAGAUUGUGCCAGUCAAAAACGUUGUUUGUGUUGAACUAUAGGUUUUUUCCUUUAUAUGUUAUUCAUAACAUGCAGGCACGAGUUACCGUAUAAUGAUUCUCACUGAUUUCUCGUAAGAACUUUGUUUAUGCAUGUAAAACAAUAAAGUGCAGUGAAUUAUU